CGCGUGUUGUGAUUGGUCGAGAGGCAGGCGUCAAACGUCAGCGCAGAGUGGGCGGGGCGUACCGUACCGGAGUUUUGAACAUGGCGGACAAAGACAAGAAAAAGAAGGAGAGUAUUUUUGAUUUGUCGAAGUACAUCGACAAACAUAUCAGAGUAAAGUUCCAAGGAGGUCGUGAAGCAAGUGGGGUCUUAAAAGGCUUCGACCCGCUGUUGAAUCUCGUGUUGGAUGGCACCAUUGAAUACAUGCGAGAUCCUGAUGAUCAGUACAAGCUGACUGAAGACACCAGGCAGCUCGGUCUGGUUGUAUGUCGAGGGACGUCCGUCGUGCUGAUCUGUCCACAGGACGGGAUGGAGGCCAUUCCGAACCCUUUCAUUCAACAGCAGGAUGGAUAACAUCCUGACUUUUUUUUCUUGUUAGUAAAUAGAUGGUUUUUGUUAGGUCUGAAAUCAUGAAAAAUACAUUUUGUAUUUAGACUCAGGAUGAAUGUUUUUGGUUGGUUUUGUUUCUGUGGUUUAUGAAACUCACUUAUUUUAUUGUAAGGCAUGUUUUCUGUUAAUGAAAAUGGGUGCGUGAUGUUGCCCUAGUCCUUUCAGCGUUGUUUUAUCAAUUUAGACGAUUUAUAAACAUGUGGGACGUAACCGUUUCUAAAUUAAGCAAAAACCGAGAUUAUGCCUGUACCUCAAAGGUGGAUCCCUACGGAUUACCUUCUCAGAAGGCUUUUGUAGACACAAAAACAGUCGAACGUCCAGCACGCUUUCAGUGAACAUCUUUGUGUAAUCUGAAUGGAAGCUGUAUUUUGAAAGUCUUCGGUUCGGAGACACCUUGAGAAAACAUUUGUGUUUGCCUUUGUGGUGUUGUCUCCUCUGUUUUACACUCGCAAAACUUAUUCCUAAGAUUAAAGACUCAGUUAUGGACCCUU